CUCGAGUUUUCAUAAUUAUCUACAACAUCAAGUGUAUAAUCAUAAAACAGCAAUAUUACAAAAAUGACUAAAAGAACAAAGAAAGUUGGAAUCACCGGUAAAUUUGGUGUUCGUUAUGGUUCAUCAUUAAGAAGACAAUGUAAGAAAUUGGAAACUCAACAACAUGCCACCUACGAUUGUUCCUUCUGUGGUAAAAGAACCGUAAAGAGAGGUGCUGUUGGUAUCUGGAGUUGUAGAUCAUGUAAAAAAACUGUCGCUGGCGGUGCUUACACUGUUUCAACUGCUGCUGCUGCCACUGUUAGAUCCUCAAUCAGACGUUUAAGAGAAUUGGCUGAAGCUUGA